GGAAGCCCCUGAGAUGCCACAAGGGAGCUCCCAGCAGAGACACCCUGAGGGGAGCUGGGUCCUUGCUUGGAGCCAGGUCUCAGCCUAUAAUCUGGGGUCCAGGUGGGAAAAUCCUGCAGGUUACAGCCUGGGUACAUGGCUGCCCCACUGUCCCCUUCCCACUGCCACUUCCACUGGAUGUGUUCCCUUCUCCCCCAUGGCAGCUCAGCAGUGCGUAUCCAUGGCUCUGAGAUCACACGCAAGGAUGGGCUAAAGUAGCGGAAAGCUGUUGGAUCCUACCACGGAGUUACUGACUUCUUAGCUACAGACUGCAUAGCAAUCAGAGAGGGGGAGAGGGAGCCAGGGAACGGGAGCAGGGAGAGGCGGUGCAGAGAUUUUGGGGUUAGAGCAGGGAGGUGCAGGGAGAGGAAGGAAGGGCAGAGGGGACGAGGCAGGAGGGGGAGAGCAGAACCAUCGCUGAGAGCUCGUGGGAUGGAUGGGAGCGAAGCACGCUGAGCGGAGGAGGAGAGGAGCUGGGCACGGUGAGCUGGGGCUCCUCGGGAAUCCAACAACCCCAGAGCUGCAGAGAACCCACUGGGUGAGCCCAGGAGCUCUGGGGCACGAUGGAGACACCGACUACUGACCCCAUCCUUUGACUCUGGCUCCCAGGCGGCCCCGGCACGAUGCGGCACAUGCCCAGGAACAAUGGUGAUGAUGGCAUGGGCUUCAGCUUGUCAGAGGUGAAAGCUAGAGCUGCCAGGUCCCACACAAGCACGGCUGCAUGAGAUCCCACGCUCACCCAGCUCCUGUGGCCCCCAAAACCUGAUGAUACAGCAAGCCAUGGGCAGCGUCCGCGUCAACCGGUACAGCAUUGUCUCGACUGAGGAGGAUGGACACAAGGUCUCUGCGUUGGGCAGCAUGAACGGGCACAGCCGGAAUGGGAAGGGCCACACACCCCGGCGGAAGCACCGCAACCGCUUUGUGAAGAAGAACGGCCAAUGCAAUGUCUACUUCGCCAACCUGAGCAACAAGUCUCAGCGCUACAUGGCUGACAUCUUCACCACCUGUGUGGACACGCGCUGGCGGUACAUGCUUAUGAUCUUCUCCGCCGCCUUCCUGGUCUCUUGGCUCUUCUUUGGUUUCCUUUUCUGGUGCAUUGCUUUCUUCCACGGUGACCUCAACGCACCGGUGGUGGGGGGCAGUCCCUCUCUCCUCAAGCCUUGCAUCAUGCACGUGAACAGCUUUCUAGGGGCUUUCCUCUUCUCAGUGGAGACACAGACAACCAUUGGGUAUGGCUUCCGCUGCGUGACUGAGGAGUGUCCACUGGCCAUCAUGGCUGUUGUGGUCCAGUCCAUUGUGGGCUGUGUUAUUGACUCCUUCAUGAUUGGCACCAUCAUGGCCAAGAUGGCGAGACCCAAGAAGCGGGCCCAGACCCUCCUCUUCAGUCACCACGCGGUCAUCUCGGUGCGGGAUGGCAAACUGUGCCUCAUGUGGCGAGUGGGCAACCUGAGGAGGAGCCACAUCGUGGAAGCCCACGUUCGUGCCCAGCUCAUCAAACCCUACAUGACAGAGGAAGGGGAGUACCUCCCCCUGGACCAGCGGGACCUCAAUGUAGGCUAUGAUGUGGGUCUCGAUCGUAUAUUUUUGGUCUCACCCAUUAUUAUUGUUCAUGAGAUUGAUGAGGAGAGCCCACUCUAUGGGAUUGGCAAGGAGGAGCUGGAGACAGAGAACUUUGAGAUCGUUGUUAUCCUGGAAGGGAUGGUGGAAGCCACGGCCAUGACCACGCAGGCACGGAGCUCUUACCUCGCCAGUGAAAUCCUCUGGGGUCACCGCUUUGAACCAGUAGUGUUUGAGGAGAAGAACCACUACAAAGUGGAUUAUUCCCGCUUUCACAAGACCUAUGAGGUAGCUGGCACACCCUGCUGCUCAGCUCGGGAGCUGCAAGAAAGCAAGAUGACUAUCCUACCUUCUCCCCCACCUCCCAGUGCCUUCUGCUAUGAGAACGAGCUGGCUCUUGUCAGUCAAGAUGAAGAUGAAGAUGAUGACGAAGUGGGUGUAGCGUUAGGUGGCAGCACCAAGGAAGAAGGAGGCGUCAUCCAGAUGAUGGAUUUUGGAAGCCACCUGGACCUAGAGCGGCUCCAGGCCACUUUGCCCUUGGAUACCAUCUCAUACCGCAGGGAGUCAGCCAUCUAAUCCCUCCAGCCUCCCCGUUCUACACUCAUUACCCACCCCCCCCUCCUCUUCCUCUGUUCUGCACCCAUACGUAGCUGCAUAAGUCCCUUGCCCACCAAAAAAUGCCUCCUGUGACCACCUCUCAGCACCUGAGUAUGUCGAGGCCUGGAGAUACUCUGAUAUAUUCCCUUUCCCAUGAAGUUGUACCCCCUGGAUGAGGAGUGAGAAUACACCAUUCUUCCAGACAGCACAGCUUGCUCAAGGACCUGCCCAGGGACAAGAAAGAAGCAGGGUUGGAUUCCCACAUCUGGGGAGGUGACAGGAGCCUGUGCCCUCAAUGGAGAGACUGUAUCUGCUCAAGUGUUUCUGCAGCUGAGACAACAGCACUUUCUGUCUCUCUCAGCAUGUGCAGACCCAUGGCUAUCAAUAGCCAUGGCUCUCACAAGGAGAGAAGUGAUGCAUAAGUCCUGACCCAGUGAGAAGGGACAGGGGAGUUUAGGACUCCUAGAGGAAGUGGGAGAGUCUCUGGAGAUAGGGGUUUGCUUGCAUGUUUAUUGCUUGUUGCACUUGACUUUCUUUGUAUAUAAAAAGAUCGAGAACUGAAAUCCAUAUUCUUCCACUGUAAAUGCCAAGCUGGGAGAGAAGGACACUGCACGUAGCCCGCUCUGCACUCUCCUUGUGGCACCCAUCACCUCCAGCAGCAGCUCAGCCCCACAGACUCAGCCCUGGUUCCCCCAUUCCUCCCCAGACCACGUUCUGCUUCUUUCCUGGAGCGUCUGGCAGCAGGCAGGGCCCUGUGCUCACACACCCGGCCACCGUGCCAGGGCUGGCAGGCAGUGACCUGAUGGGACAGCAGGCCCCUCAUUUUCUCCUUCCACCUCCUUCAGUCUUCUCCCUGCUGCCAUCAGCUGUAAAACGGAAUUUGUAUCUAUUUAUUUUUAAUAAAGUCUAAUAUCCCAGGGGGAGGUUUGGAAACAAAGGAGACCCCGAGGCUGCAGCCUGGUACAGAGACUGAUGAGUGUUAUUAGUGCUGGUGUUUGCUGUUCGUAUGGGUUUGAUGCCUGGAGGCUUCACCUUUGGUACUUCAGAGCCAGAGCUAGACUUAACACCUCUUCUCUGUUGUUUCACAGAAGACAGCAAAACUCGGUGAGUCUUUAUUAAGAGCAUUAGAAUCAGUCACUCAAAACCAGAUGACAUGAGGAUGGGAAAAUAAUUGGGUAGCUCAAAAGGCUGCUCUGCACACCUGGCAGAUGUGCUGUUGGGGAAAUGGUUGAAGAAAUACUGUUUGAUUGAAUUCCUGAUCUAUAGAGCAGAAAGCCAACAUCUUGGUAAUAGCUUGGGCUUAGUACAAAGAGCAAUAGGAAGAGGGGAAGAAGCAAAAGAAGAGGGAAAGAGUCAGAAGGAGUGAGGGAGGAGCGGGAACCACAGGUAAGGAAAAACUGAAGGGGAAGGCGAAGGAGAAGGGACAAAGAAAGGAAAGGAAGGGAAGGGAAGGGAAGGGAAGGGAAGGGAAGGAAGAAGGAGAAAAAUGAAUAAUGUGGUAAUGUGGCAGAGUGUUUGGGAGGGAACAGGGAUAGUGUAACAAGAUUGGUAUUGACACAGACAUGGCCACCUCAAGAGGAACACCUCCUGGCCACCUCUUGGCUUUUUUCACCUAUGACUUGAUAUGCAGCCAUGUUUUUCUACAUGUUUCUGUGUCCCACCUCCUCUCCCCGCUGCUGAUUAAAAAUGUCCCUCCCUCCUCCUCCCUCACGCUAUUAUUUAUUUAUUUUCCCCCAGAGGGAAUAAACAGAGGCCAGUAUUGACCUGGAUUUCAAUAUAGCUUUCAGAGCUGGGUGCCUGCCGCUGGUCAUGGCAGUGGAAACAAACUAAUGGACCGAGAGGGAAAGACUCUCUGCAUGUGAGGAUGUAAGGACAUGGGCACCCAGAACACAGACUGAGCUGGUGGCCCCAAAGAAGGGAGCGUGGCUGGACACCCCUCACCAAGGUGCAGCACCUUUUAGAGGUGAGUGGGGAUGAUGUACCAUUACUACUAGUUCCUAAGAGUCUGGUCUGCGAGGGAAUGCACUCGAAGAUUUCUCCCACUUUGCCAAUGCACAAAGGUAUGUGUAUCCUUCAGUACAUGUGCUUCUGCACCUGCAUGCUCCAAUCACAAAGUACUCAUGCCUGAAUAUCUACUGAACAUACCUACAUACAUAUGUCAUAUAUGCAGGCAUAAGCCAUCCUACACCACCCAAUAAGCCAUAAACACUCAAUGAUGUGCACACAAACUUUGUGCAACAGCAGCACUCAUCUCAACAAGUGUAUAUACAAUUGGAUAUUGGGGAUUCCUUUAUGUGGCCCAAAAAAAUCACCAAGAGAGAAGGUUGGAUAUUAGGAAAAAUUUCGUCUCAGAAG